UAGAUAGAUCGAUCGAUCGAUCGAUCUGUCCAGGGUUCCACAGAUAGUAAGUAAUGGGGUCAAGAAUCUAUUCAGUCUUAACUCCAGACUUGUUAUAAAAGAGUUCUGAAGAAAAUUUCCUCACAUCCUGUUGCCUUCCCAUCUUUAUGAGUGGGCUGAGACCAGAAUACCACAUCUGACCCUCUGUCUCCCCUAGAAAGCAAUUAUAGAUUUCAAGUCCAGGAAGUGUAGAUAAUCUCUCCCCCGCUGAAGCUCCACCCUGUAAGACACUUCCUCUAACAAAUGGCCAUCCCUUCCUGUUAGCCGCUUACUGCUUUUCACCACCAGGUGGCACCUGGGAAGCAAAAUUGUCAAUGGGUGGAGACCCACCCUGUUUGUGCUGCUACCUUCAUUUUGGCUGCCAAUUCGGUGAUUCCUGGUUCCCAGUUGGGACAAAAACCUUUUUGAGGAUGAGGUUAUGUCUUAAGUAGGAGGGUCUGAUAAUCUGGAUGGAGUGAAGAAGGGCAGAAGUUUUGGAAAGGAGCUUCCACAGGUCACCUUGCCCAUUUCUCCAGCCUUUGGAAUCCCAUCCCUAACUGCAAAUUUCAUUUUCUAGGGAGUCAUCUUCUAAGGAGGUUUAUUCAUUUCCUAGCUGUAGUUCUGCUUCAUCAAUUCAAAGCACAUUCCCUCCAAGCUGCUUGUUUCCCUUUUCUACCUGUUCAUCUCUGGGAAUAUGGAGAACAUGGGCAUCAGAUAGAAAAUUAUUCUUUAUAUCGUUCAGCACACAGAGUAAAGCAGUCUAGAUAUUGGCAGCCCCAGGGAAGUACAGAAAGGGAAGUGAGAAAAGAUUAAGGGAGGGAAGCUUUAAGUAGCUUUGAUGAAACAGCCUGAUGAAAUCUAUGCCCUGCAGAGCCAGAUAAAAUUUUCCAGCUGCAGAUCUAGUCUCUCCCCAAUAACCAACUCUAGUUCCCCUGCUGCAUCAGACUAAAUUACACAAGACCCAUAUGUGCGUCGUUAAGAGGUAAUCAUUUUAUGAUAAACCCUUCCCUUAGUUUCCAAUUAAUCGAAUUUCUAGGUCCCUGGACAACACUAUAUUUCUAAGGCAAGUAAAUUGGUAACAAUAAACACCAGUGUACCUUGAACUUUUUCCUUCCUAAACCUACACAGUACUAUGUAGAAUAUGUUAAUUCUACAUCUGACUAUAUUCCAAAUCUUCUAAUUCAGAAAAAUGAGAAACUGAAUCCUCUCACUAUCUUGAUUUCUCAUUUUAAUGUCCUAGAAGCUCCUCAAAGUCAAGAAAUUCUUGGAAUUUCUUGUAAUUAUUUCUGCAGUGAGUCCUCCCCCCUUCUUGGGGCCAAUUUGGUCUCCAUCUAUAAUAAAAAUCUGCCGGGCGUUUGCAACUCUUGGAGAUUUUCAAAAGGAAAUCAAGCCUCAAUUGUUUACUCCUUUGCUCCCCACUCCCCAGGCUGUAUUAUCUCAACUCUGAUUCUCUAGUUUUCUCUAGUCAGCCCUUACACUGCACAGACAAGGUAGAGGACUGGGAACAGGAUAGACAGGAUCCGUCUUCGAACAUAUUCAUUCCAAAUAGGGUCAUUUUGUUUCUUUUUAUAAGGGCAGCCAGGAAAAAAACAUUUUUUUUUGAAGGAUAAAGGAAUGUGUUUAGAAUCGAAACUAGGAAAAGUUGAAAAGUGAACAUAUAAGAAUCCCAGACUAAAUCUGGCCCAACCGUCUGAAUGGGUGGAGGGAAAUAUUAACCCACCCACAACCCCUCAACUUAGCAAACCCAUCUCCUCUCGAAAACCGAGUAAUUGGGGUUGUGGCUCUGCAUGACGUCAUACCACAGGCGCUAUAUCCCACGUGGGAGGAGCACUUAGUCCCGCCCAGCUUUAAAUAGUGUGCCACUCCUUCUCCUCUUUACAGCCAAUAGAAUGCAGUCCUUUAGCCCCUUUCCUCUUUUUCCCGCCAUCCCAGACCGCUUAUCUUGACACUCUUGUCCAAUCAGGGAGGUCCUGCCUCUCCGAAGCUCGCUCCCUUUCCUGCAGAAGACAGGCGGAGUUUCAACCUUUUGACUCCACCUCGGUAUAUGCAGCGCGAACCAACCCAAACUGUCAGGGAUAGGGGCGUGGCCUGGGUCCCCUCCCCCAACCUGGGGAUCUCUGCUUGCAAGGGGGGAGCUGGUCUCAAAACUAGGAAAUCUUUAGCGGGUGACUGGGUCGGGAGGGUCCUCCCAGAGUUGGCACCAUGGAGCGGUCUCCUGGAGAGGGCCCUAGUCCCAGCCCCAACCUGGUGGACCAGCCCGCUGCUCUCUCUGAGCCCCCUGACCAGCCCCCUGCUGCGCACACUAAGCCGGACCCAGGUUCUGGGGUCCCACCUGCUGGCCCAGGCGCGGCGGGUGAGGUGCUGGCGGUGCUGACUUCCUUCGGGCGACGAUUGUUGGUGCUGGUACCCGUGUACCUGGCUGGGGCAGUGGGGCUCAGCGUGGGUUUCGUACUCUUCGGCCUUGCCCUCUACCUGGGUUGGCGCAGGGUCCGCGACGAGAAAGAGAGGAGCCUUCGGGCAGCAAGGCAGCUACUGGACGACGAGGAGCGGCUCACAGCAAAAACCCUUUAUAUGAGUCAUCGAGAGCUACCUGCUUGGGUCAGCUUUCCAGAUGUGGAAAAGGCUGAAUGGCUAAACAAGAUCAUUGCACAGGUUUGGCCCUUCUUAGGCCAGUAUAUGGAAAAACUUCUGGCUGAAACUGUGGCCCCAGCUGUUCGGGGAUCUAACCCUCAUCUGCAAACGUUUACAUUUACACGAGUGGAACUGGGUGAAAAGCCAUUGCGCAUUAUAGGAGUCAAAGUUCACCCUAGUCAGAGAAAAGACCAGAUCUUGCUGGACUUGAACAUUAGCUAUGUAGGUGAUGUGCAGAUUGAUGUGGAAGUAAAAAAAUAUUUCUGCAAAGCAGGAGUAAAAGGCAUGCAGCUACAUGGCAUCUUGCGGGUGAUUCUUGAGCCACUCGUGGGGGACCUUCCUAUUGUGGGAGCUGUGUCAAUGUUCUUUAUUCGACGCCCGACCCUGGACAUCAACUGGACAGGGAUGACUAACCUGCUGGAUAUCCCAGGACUUAGCUCACUCUCUGACACCAUGAUCAUGGAUUCCAUUGCUGCCUUCCUUGUAUUGCCCAACCGACUAUUGGUGCCCCUUGUACCUGACCUUCAAGAUGUGGCCCAGUUGCGUUCCCCUCUGCCCAGGGGCAUUAUUCGUAUUCACCUGCUGGCUGCUCAAGGGCUGAGUUCCAAGGACAAAUACGUGAAGGGCCUAAUUGAAGGCAAGUCAGAUCCCUAUGCACUUGUGCGUGUGGGCACCCAGACAUUCUGCAGUCGUGUCAUCGAUGAGGAACUCAACCCUAAGUGGGGAGAGACAUAUGAGGUGAUAGUACAUGAGGUCCCAGGGCAGGAAAUUGAGGUAGAGGUGUUUGACAAGGAUCCAGAUAAAGAUGACUUUCUGGGAAGAAUGAAGCUGGAUGUAGGGAAGGUAUUACAGGCUGGAGUACUGGAUGAUUGGUUCCCUCUACAAGGUGGGCAAGGCCAAGUUCACCUGAGGUUAGAAUGGCUGUCACUUUUGCCAGAUGCAGAAAAACUGGAGCAGGUUCUACAGUGGAAUCGAGGAGUCUCGUCUCGACCAGAUCCCCCAUCAGCUGCCAUCCUAGUUGUCUACCUGGAUCGGGCCCAAGAUCUUCCUCUGAAGAAGAUGAACAAAGAACCCAACCCCAUGGUACAACUGUCAAUUCAGGAUGUGACUCAGGAGAGCAAGACUGUCUAUAGCACCAACAGCCCAGUAUGGGAGGAAGCUUUCCGGUUCUUCCUGCAAGACCCUCGAAGCCAGGAGCUCGAUGUUCAGGUGAAGGAUGACUCCAGGGCCCUGACUUUAGGGUCACUAACUCUGCCUCUGGCUCGUCUGCUCACUGCCCCUGAACUUACCCUGGACCAGUGGUUCCAGCUCAGCAGCUCUGGCCUAAACUCCAGGCUCUACAUGAAACUAGUCAUGCGGAUCUUGUACUUGAAUUCAUCAGAAAUCUGCUUUCCCACUGGGUCUGGUUCUUGGGACCUAGACAAUGAGAGCCCCCAGACAGGCAGCAGUGUGGACACUCCGCCUCGGCCCAGUCACACAACUCCUGACAGCCACUUUGGGACUGAAAAUGUGCUUCGGCUCCAUGUAUUAGAGGCCCAGGACCUGAUUGCCAAAGACCGUUUCUUAGGGGGAUUGGUGAAGGGCAAGUCAGACCCCUAUGUCAAGCUAAAGCUGGCAGGAAGAAGUUUCCGGAGCCGUGUUGUUCGGGAAGAUCUCAAUCCUCGCUGGAAUGAGGUUUUUGAGGUGAUUAUCACAUCAAUUCCAGGCCAAGAGUUAGAGGUUGAAGUCUUUGACAAGGACUUGGACAAGGAUGACUUUCUGGGCAGGUGUAAAGUGAGUCUCACCACAGUGCUAAAUAGUGGCUUCCUUGACGAGUGGCUGACCCUGGAGGAUGUCCCAUCUGGCCGUCUGCACUUGCGCCUGGAGCGUCUGACUCCCCGGCCCACUGCAGCUGAGUUAGAGGAGGUAAGGAGAAGACUGGAGGAAGAAAGGAACCCAGGAGGAGGCAGGGUGCUACAGGUGAACAGUCUGAUCCAGACACAGAAGAGCGCAGAGCUGGCGGCAGCCUUGCUGUCUGUCUAUGUGGAGCGGGCAGAGGACUUGCCGCUCCGAAAAGGCACCAAACCUCCUAGUACUUAUGCUAUUCUUACCGUGGGAGAGACUGCCCAUAAAACCAAGACUGUUUCCCAAACCUCAGCCCCUGUGUGGGACGAGAAUGCCUCUUUUCUCAUCAGGAAGCCACACACUGAGAGCCUGGAGUUGCAGAUUCGAGGCGAGGGGACUGGUGCCUUGGGCUCCUUAUUCCUGCCCCUCUCUGACCUCCUCGAGGCAGAUGGGCUCUGCUUGGACCGUUGGUUUGCACUUACCAAUGGUCAGGGGCAGGUGCUACUGAGAGCACAGCUAGGGAUCCUGGCGUCCCAGCACUCAGGAGUGGAAGCUCAUAGCCACAGCUCCAGCUAUAGCUCCUCCUCACUGAGUGAAGCAGCAGAGCUUGGUGGGGGACCCCCUCACAUCACCUCCUCAGCUCCAGAGCUCCGGCAGCGCCUAACACGUGGUGACAGUCCCCUCGAGGCUCCUGCUGGGCCUCUGGGCCAGGUGAAGUUGACAGUAUGGUACUACAGUGAAGAACGGAAGCUGGUCAGCAUUAUUCACAGCUGCCGGGCCCUUCGACCAAAUGGACGGGAUUCCCCUGACCCCUAUGUGUCACUGUUGCUACUGCCAGACAAGAAUCGAGGUACCAAGAGGAAGACCUCACAGAAGAAGAAGACCCUCAAUCCUGAAUUCAACGAACGGUUUGAGUGGGAACUGCCCCUAGAUGAGGCCCUCAGGCGAAAGCUGGAUGUCUCGGUGAAGUCUAACUCCUCCUUCAUGUCAAGAGAGCGUGAGCUUCUGGGGAAGGUGCAGCUGGACCUGGCUGAGAUAGACCUUUCCCAGGGUGCAGCCCAGUGGUAUGAUCUGAUGGAUGACAAAGACAAGGGCAGCUCCUAGGAGCUGGUGGUGACCAGCCCAACUUGGCUGCCUUCUUGCCUUGCCUCUUACAGCAUCCCCGCCUCCAAUAUGAUGAGCCUAAAGCCAGGGCCCCAGGGCGGAGCCUGUACUCUUCAGCCCUCUUGCCUUUCAGGCCCAUACUAGGGCCUUUGCCUGACCAAAGAGAAGGACCAUAUGUUACUCUUUACUGCAUGGCCUUUAUCCCUUGGGUUCCUGGGGCAGGGACCUGAGCUGACUAUUUCCUGCUCUGUCUGCAUAUUGUUCUCCCUUCCUCCCAACUCCUCAGGGCCUUCUGUACCUGUGCCUGGCCACUGGCAGCACUAGCAGUGGCAUUAGCUUAUGCCAAAUACAGCUUUUGGAAAGAUCUUUCUUCUUUAGCUGGUUGGUCACCUUCUUUGCUAUCAUGAUCAGUCAGACAGGAUAGACAUGUGUGGGAAGGUAGAUAGGCUAAACUCUCAAGCUGUGAGCCUCUUGGACUACUGCAUGUAGCAGGUGUCCAGCAACCUGAGCUCUGUGUCCAGUUCUGUCCUCUCCUUCAUCAAGCCUGCCCUACAAAUACACCUGCUAUAAUUCCUAGCACCUGCCUCCAGAUUCAUUGUCAAUCCAGAACAUGUGGAUUCUACUCAAGCCACCAAAUAGCAAGAUACCAGUCUUGGAGCCCCAAGCUGGUAAUAUGCAGAUGGUCUUAAAGGAUUUGGGACAGCAGGGCCAAUUUUUUGUUCAAGUGCCUAGGUUAUAAACUCAUUGACUAGAACUGAACCUGAUACUCUUAGUUCUGCACCAACUCUGUCAAUCUACUGUCUUAUAUUAAACAUAAUACUCAAACCA